GGUGAUAGACAAAACCGUUGACCAAUCAGUGCAAAUAGUUCCCGUGAGGCGGUGCCGAUUCUCUUCCGUUAAGGAAGAUGGUGCCGUUUGGGGCGGAGAGAGAUAGGGGGCAAAAUUGAUUUUUCCGGGAUUUUCUUUACCCGCCCGCUUGCCUGUCGUCUUUUCGCGCCCCCUCAUCUCUUGCUACAUAUAUAUGUUUCUUUACUCUUUUGAAGGAUGGCAGCUAGUUAACGAUGACAGGAGAAAAGAAAAAAAAGAAGCGACUAAACCGCAGCAUUCUGCUUGCCAAGAAAAUUAUAAUAAAAGAUGGAGGAACGCCUCAAGGCAUAGGCGAGCCCAGUGUCUACCAUGCAGUGGUGGUCAUUUUUCUCGAAUUUUUCGCCUGGGGUUUGCUCACUACUCCAAUGCUCACUGUGUUACAUCAGACAUUUCCACAGCACACAUUUCUUAUGAACGGACUUAUUCAUGGUGUAAAGGGACUGCUGUCUUUCCUGAGUGCCCCUCUGAUUGGUGCCCUAUCAGAUGUCUGGGGUCGAAAAUCCUUCCUACUACUGACUGUGUUUUUCACUUGUGCUCCCAUACCACUCAUGAGGAUAAGCCCCUGGUGGUAUUUUGCAGUAAUUUCCAUGUCAGGAGUGUUUGCUGUCACAUUCUCUGUGAUCUUUGCUUAUGUUGCUGACAUCACUCAGGAACACGAGAGGAGUACGGCAUAUGGACUGGUUUCUGCUACUUUUGCUGCAAGUCUAGUGACAAGCCCAGCAAUUGGUGCCUACCUCUCCCGAGCAUAUGGAGACACUCUUGUCGUGAUACUGGCCACUGCCAUUGCUCUUCUGGAUAUCUGCUUUAUCCUGGUAGCGGUGCCAGAAUCCCUUCCUGAGAAGAUGCGUCCAGCUUCAUGGGGUGCACCAAUCUCCUGGGAGCAAGCAGAUCCUUUUGCCUCUCUGCGUAAGGUGGGCCAAGACUCAACUGUUCUUCUUAUCUGCAUCACUGUCUUCCUGUCCUACCUCCCUGAAGCAGGACAAUAUUCAAGCUUCUUUUUGUAUUUGAGACAGGUGAUUGGUUUCACUUCCGAGACGGUGGCAGCUUUCAUUGCGGUGGUGGGUAUCCUCUCCAUAUUAGCACAGACUGUAGUCUUAGGAAUACUAAUGAGGUCCAUUGGAAACAAAAACACAAUCCUCUUGGGCCUGGGGUUCCAGAUCUUGCAGCUAGCGUGGUAUGGUUUUGGGUCUCAGCCAUGGAUGAUGUGGGCAGCAGGAGCUGUGGCAGCCAUGUCCAGCAUUACCUUCCCUGCAAUUAGUGCUAUAGUAUCCAGGAAUGCUGAUCCAGAUCAGCAAGGUGUUGUCCAGGGCAUGAUUACAGGCAUUCGUGGUCUGUGUAAUGGACUGGGACCAGCUCUGUAUGGGUUUGUCUUCUACCUCUUUCAUGUGGAGCUCAACGAAAUGGAUGCGGUUGAGAAUCCGGACAAAGCUGCCAAGACUAAUAUGGCCAAUCCCACAGACGAGAGUGCCAUCAUCCCUGGGCCACCUUUUCUCUUUGGUGCCUGUUCAGUCCUGCUCUCGCUCCUAGUGGCUUUGUUUAUUCCAGAGCACAGCGGCCUUAACUUGCGAGCAGGCAACUAUAAGAAACACAACAACGGUGCACAGAGCCACUUGCAUAGUCCGCAAGCUGGAGUCUCGGAUGGCAAGGAACCACUUCUGGAGGACAGUAGUGUGUAGCCAGCUGAAUUCCAGGAGUCUGGAAAGAAGUGUAUGCUGGAACCAAGAGAAAAGGGGUGCUGGCUCAACAGGGAAGAUGCAGGUGAGCCAAAGGAAGACCCCACUGAGAAGGACAGCCAGCCCCAGGGACUUUGCUAGAGUCUGCAGCACAGACCACUCAGCUGUGCCUGCUGGAGACAAAUUUGUCUGUAAUACUGCUUUUCCAACCUGCACAGCCAAAAACCGAAAGUAGUAAGCUCCCAUUCUGAAGAAAUGCCUUCCACAGAAAGAUCGCCUUUUCUGCAUACAUCUAUGUGGAAUAUUCAUAGGGUGAAGAACUUUGGCCAGUUAGGCAAAGAGUUGCUGACCUCCAAGUCGCUUCCAAGAUUGUUUUUUUUUUUGGCUUGGCCCAUGGCGUUAUUGAUCCCAACUUUGUUUUGGCACGCAUUAAAAAAGAAAGCAGUGGCUCAGCGGCUUCUCUCUGCCUUUUUGGCCACAGACAUCUUGUGGAAGAUGAGUGGCUUUGCCUUCAAAAGACUCCUAUUACGUCGCCUAAAUGAGGAAUUUGGGUUCUGAAGGGUUCGUAAUUUCCAGUGUGGCUCCUAUUGGAGCAUAUCUAUAUUUAUAUCGCGCUCACUCUCUCAUGUCAUGUGAAGUAGGAGCUUGUCUCCAUAGGGUGGCGCUUCACCAUUUUUAAAGUGGCACAGUGUUUCAAAAUUAUUGUUGUAAAUGUUGUAAUUGCUUUAAGACUUAAAUUAUUAACAUAAAUUGAAGGUAUUUAAAAA